CUACCUGUAAUACAGGAUAAGUAACAGUCUCCUUCAUUAUUAAAAAACUCAUCACCAACCAGCAGAACAUUUUGGAUGAAAAUUCCUAUUAAAGACAGAAAGUACUAUAAGACUUUUGGUGGGUGCAGUCCUGGAGCCAGUGCUACUAGUUUUUGAUAUGGGCCUCAUAUUACUGAACCGGAAAUACUCUUUUAUACCGUUAAGUUCUGGUCUCCAUUUGAUGUGUUGGGAGUUCACUGUACAUAAAUCACAUAACUACCUACACCUGGAGAUGAAGUUGUUUAUGUUAUAGACAUACCCUGCAAACUUAGCAACCGGGCUCCCUGGCCUAGGCUCAGAGCUAGUCAGAAGACCACGACACACAGAGCUGGGAUUAAUGACACUUCCAGUGAAAAGCUAGCAGCAAUUAAGAAGAGAGGGACAUUCUCAUUCAAGAUGAGCAAAACUGCAGAGAUCCUUACUAACCCACAGCAGAAGAGGAUGCAUUAAGAGAGAAACAGCAAAAAACAUUGUGCUUGGGAUUUUUUUGUUGGUUUUUGACAUUCAUUUGGACUUCAAAAUAUUUUGUUAUUGUCUCUAUCUUCAGAAGAUACUUUUUGUGAAGUCUGCAGUGAAGAUCCUGGAGUUAAAAUGAGAGAGAACUGAAAUUAAAAGAGAGUUUAUCUGUGCAGUCUGAAAGGUUGCCAUAAUGACAGACCCUACAAUGGUAGAUCACAUGACCCGACUGAAACUCAAACUCUUGGAGAAGAAACUACAAAAUGAACGCGAGAACCUGGAGGAGACUGAUUCACCACUCCCUACAGCAAGAAGCAAUGAAGGACAUAAGGAUGCAUUACAAGGUGCACUGCGACGGAGGAAAGACCUGUUGCAGGAGCUUAGGGAGCAGCAGUUUUUGGAAGAACUUUCAAGGCCCCAGCUCUUGACAGGAAGCCACUGUAAAAGCUACAGAACAGAACCUACAUACGUUUACCAGCCACCUCUUCCAGUUCCGCCAGCAGAGCCACCCAGGAUCAUCCAGCACACAGUACCUCAACAACCUGCAACCAUCAUCCAACAGUUACCUCAGCAGCCACCACUCAUCACACAGAUCCCUUCUCCCCAGCCACUCCCUGCCCCCCGCUCUGGAAGCAUUAAGGAAGACAUGGUGGAAAUGAUGCUAAUGCAGAAUGCUCAGAUGCACCAGAUCAUUAUGCAGAACAUGAUGCUGAAAGCUUUGCCGCCGAUGGCAUUCUCCCAGCCCACUGGGACCAGUGCUCCUGCUCUUCUGCACACUCAGCAGGAUCCACAGUUUGCUGCCCCAAUUGUUGUGAGAGCUGAAAGGCCAAGGCCCUCAACAGUACAUCACCAUCACCACUACUCUCCACAAGCAAUACACUCCAUUCCUGCACAGCUGCCACCUGCUGGCUACUCUGUUUGGCCCCCUGGGAUGCCAUCCAAUCUCUGGGGACAGACUGGAGGAUUCCCACCUACUGUGCAUCAUAUGAGUGCUCCGGCUAGUACGUUCCCAGCAUUACAAACUGUAGGAACCAAUGGACUUCUCCCCAGGCUGCCCCCGGGUUUGUAGACCCCUCAGGCCCAUAGCAAAGGUGACUCAUGAUGGUACCUGACCCCCACAGAAGUUGGCCAUCAUUUCACUGGAGUAAAUGUUCUUUAGGAUUCUUUCUUUAAAAUCUGGCUGAUGGGCAACCUGAUGUAGAAAUAGCUACAUCCCACUGGUGAAAGAAAUAGAAACUAUGGAAAUGCAAAAAUAAACUAUGGAAAUGCAAAAACUUAACACGUACCUUUGGCCAGCUCACAGUCUCCACUGUCUAAUCUCACAGUGUUCAACUGUCUAAUCGGUCUCCUCUAAUCAUGUCUACCACUGAGCAGCUAUAAAUAGCCACCACUUUUAGAAGAAAAUUUCAAAAUGUUUUCUUCUGCUCCCCACUACCUGGAAUGUCCACCCGUCCUCUCACUCAAAUUCUGUAAGCCUAAAUUAUUGAGGUGGUUCUGGGUCACCAACAUAAUUAAAAAUCCAGAAACUCGUAAUCCACCAUGAUUAGAAUUGGGUGAAUUGUUGUCUAAAGGGGUGCGAUAUCUUUCUUUCAAAGGCAAUUCAGGGAAAUGCACAUUCAAAUACAGAGAGUGGCCCUGCCUGUUGGGGAAAGGAUACUGCAAAUACAGCUCAGAAUUAAAAGGAGGCCUAAUAUACCCUGUUCUUUGCAUCUUAAGUAUCCUCAACUUAAAGCACCCUCCUUUCAGGUUUCCCUGCUUUACACUCAGCACUCCAGCAGGGGGUAGACAGACACCAAAGUAACAGCAGUCUUGUAACUUUUAACAUAAUGGCAAGCAGAUGAAAUGCUUUAAGAAGCAGCCCUUUUAGUGAAGGAGAGGCUUUCACCUGCUUCCGCUCCCACUAUCUCCCAUUCUCAUGUAGACAAAGGGAGUAGAGCUGGGGAAAAGGGACUGGCAUUUUCUAUUAUUGUUCCUUAAUGUAAGAACACAGGAUUUUCAUAAUAUCCAGUUACAGAUAGUGAAUAGGGUUUUUUCAGUACGCAUUUUAUUGUGGCCCUUCCAUUUCUUUAGCAAAACUGCAUAUACCUGCACACCUUGUGUCCUUUUAUUCUUCUUCUAAAUCAGUGGUUCUCAACUUCUUUGGAUUCAAGGCACCCCUCACUGGACUUGAAGCACCACUUCGUAAACUUUUGUGAACUGCGUGGCACCCAAUAUUCUAAUAUUAUAAAAGCCUAAGGCUGUCUGUCUGUCUGUCUGUAAUGCUUUAUUUGCACUCUGAUUGGCUGACAAACAGCCAAUCAGAGUGUGAAGAAGUGUUCCGACAGAAGGCAGCCCACCGCCAUGAUGGUGGGGACACAGGGGACAGAGCGGGGGGGGGGGGGGUGAGGCCAGCUGUGCCUCUCUCCCCCCUGCUCCACUCCCUGGAGGUGGCAGCAACAGAGUGGAUAGAAGAGGGGGCGAGGCCAGGGGAAGUGGGCCUGGACCCCAAGCAGCAGGAGGGAAGGGGGAGUGGGCAUGGAUGGUGUGGCAGGGAGGUCCGGGGCUCCGUCCCCACCUGCAUUCUUCAUGGGCAAUUGGCUAGUAUAUAAAUAUAUAUCAAAUAAGUUUUUGAAAUUGGGUGCCAUGCAGUUCACAAAAGUUUACAAAGUGGUGCCUCAAGUCUGGUGGGGGGUGCCUUGAAUCCAAAAAAGUUGAGAACCGCUGAUUUAGAAGAAGAAUAAAAUAUAAAUAUAGAAUAGAAAAUAUAUAUAGUGCUUACCUUCUUAAAUGGGGGGCUGGGGGAUUGCCCAGGCAGGUACAAGCCUAAACUGGGUUUAUCAGCUUAGUUUAUCUCCUCACACUUUGUAGCAUGCUUCAAAGGAUUUGGCAACACCCCAGCGUGCCCCAGGAUCCUAGUUGCAAAUCACUGUUCUAAGCUAUAGACAUGCUGCAGUCUCCCCUUCAAAGUCACUUCCUUGCAGUUCAAAUUAUUUGCCUCAAGAGGGCUGUGAGCCUCAAUUCUGCAUAACUAGGCUAUAUAAUUAGUGCCACCCUGUGUUUCUUCUGUGACAAUAUUAUGGAAAUAUCAUAAAUCAAGCAAGCUUUCAUGUGCAUUACAUUAUUUCACAAACUUUUCUUCAUAUAUUCCUCAUAUAAUUCAGGGUCAAGUUCUUGCAAUUUUUUUUUCUGGAGUAUUCAAGAAGAUACUCUGUAACACUUUGUACCUGUCCAAACUUAAGUUUUCUUCCAUCAGAGUUUGGAAAUCAGAGUUCCUUCCUCCCUUUCUUUUCCAUUAAUCUUAGAUGGCAAGUUGUAUUCCAAGUCCCUCCUGCCCCUAUUUUUUCACUGUGCUCUCAGAUACACUUGAAGAAUGUGUUUGUUAAGUUAUACCAUUUUCAUUUGCCAAUUUGUGUUCACUGCAGAAAAAUAAACACUUCCUUUUAAACACCUU